ACUAACGUGGGAUGUAGGGUUUGUUGCGUUAUAUUGUGAUUCCUCGUAGUCUUGCGGUCUUGGCAAAUGUCUCGGGUUCCAUUCAUGCCAAAAAUUACUUCCAAGUAGAAUGAAACUUAAACUUCAAAACCACAUUAUUAGCUUAUCGUCAUCAACUCGAUCACCAAGGGUUCUAUAUUUUCUUCGUUGAGCUUAGGGAAAUAACACUUUUAUCUUCUGUUGUUCAGUUAUGUGAAGAGAAUCAAAUGCUCAUAGUUGUGGUUAAACAAAGUUCUCAACGUACUUAGCUUUAUUGUCACGUCAUUAUGGAGGCCUCAGGAGAGUUCUGUGUUUACGAGGUAAAAGCUGGAGAUUCACUGUCGGCUAUCGCUGCCCAGUUGGGUUUUGUAACCCCUACUCAGAUUGCUAGAGCCAAUCAUUUACCCCUCAUGAGUUAUGGCCUCCCUCCCGUUUUUCCUGGUCAACGUUUAAUUAUUCCAACAGCUGCACGUGCGAAUUGCAGUUCAACUAAAAUAAAGCAUCUUCCUGGUGUUGCGUUGCGCAUAGAAGAUAUGGAUAAGCAAAAUGUCGAUACUACAAAUACUGGAUUUCUAGCUGUUCAACCCUUCUUUUAUACAACACGUGUUUUGAAUCCUAAUAAAUCCUAUCCCAUUGAUGAUGAUGCCCUGGAACGCCAAUUUGUUAAAGUGAAUGCCUUUCGUGUUCUAGAAAGUCUUGAUAAUUUGAUAGAUGGUGUUUUGUUGGUCACACCUGAAUCGUUGUGUUUCGACGCAAGCCAAACUGCAGUAGCUCAAAAACAGGCUUACAUUGCUUCUCAUUCUGAAUUAUCUUCAAGUGAUUAUAACAUUGAUGCUACUCAUAACAAAAUGACUGAAUCACAUCAUGACUCUAACAAUAAAUCAUCCACCUGCCAUGAUAAUAAUGUUGAGUUUUCUUGUUGCCAUAUUCCUCAAGAACUACUAAAUUUAGGAUUAUGCAUUCCAUUAGAUUCAAUCAUUGCCAUGAAAACGCUUGUUGAAAACGAUGUUAUACAUAUUUUAAAGUCCGAAUGUAAUGAUAAAAUAAAUUCAUUAUCCAACUCAACUUUGCAAAAUGAAAAGACAGAAGAACAUGUCAAUGUACAAAGUACAAAUGAAAAUACGAAGUCAACUGAUAAAAAUACUGAUAAUCAGCGAAAUGAUCCCAAUUUAUCCAGUAAUAUUGAUAAGGAACAGCCUGACGAAACUAGUGAAUCAAUUAUAAACGAUAAUUCCAUUGGUCUCUCCGAUAGCACUUUUGCUGUCAAUAUUGAUGAACAGUUGAAAACUCCUGAAAUUCCCCCUGAAAUCGAGACAACUUUGUCAACAUCAUCAUCAGUAUCAUCAUCACCGCACCAACUACCAACAACAUCUUUAGAAACAUUGAGUACAUCUGUGAGUCAAUUAUUACAAAAAGAAAAUAACAGUGAAGACAAAAAUGUAACUAACGUUACAAACGAUUUAUAUUUGAGAAUCACUCUAAUUGGAGAUAUAACUCAUAUAUUUCGUCUUGCUGUUGAUCGCCUCACUCAAGUCUACAGUUUUCUUUUACGUGCUGGUGUAGGCAGUUUAGACAAGCAUAUAGAAGUUAACAAUUAUUCUGAACAGGUCGUUAUUGGAAAUUCUGAUAAAGGACAGGCGUUAGAUUCUGAUUCUAAAGUAUGUCAUCGUCGUAGUUUAGUUGAAGAAAUGUUAGAAAGUCUGGAACAAUCUAUUCAUGUACCAAUACUCAAUGGCGGUGAAAGCAGAAUAUUAACUAAUGACAUGCUAGUAGAUCUUAGUGUUAACUUUCCUGCAUAUUGGAGUAGUUCCAACUUAAAUUCUAUCUACAAAUCUGAAGAUGAUGGCUAUUGUUUAAACACAGUGUACAGAAAGUGUAAAGAUGUUGAAGGUAGUGUUUUAUUGCUUAUACGUGAUACAAUGGGCGUUGUAUUUGGUGCAGUUAUGUCGGAAACAAUGAAAUGUAGUAAACAUUUUUAUGGGACUGGUGAAACAUUUGUCUUUCAUUGGAAACCAACAUUUAAAAAAUAUUGUUGGACUAAGAAGAAUUAUUUUUUCAUGCGAGGAUCUCUUCAUUCAUUUCAUAUUGGCGGUCAAAGCGGACGAAAUGCAAUAUGGUUUGAUGAAUCAUUAAAAUAUGGUUGUAGUGAACCGACCGACACAUUUGACAAUCCUGUACUCAGUGGAAAUUUACCAGAUAUACAAUUCUCUUCUUUAUCAUUGAAUAAAUCUGAUAAAAAUGAGAAUGUAUUGAUAGAAAACAAUAUUAAAAAUGUACAUGUUAAUUCUAAUCCAUUAAAUCCAACGAUAAAAUCUUCAUCUACAGUAUGUGAUAGUGUCCCAUUUAUAAUUGAUACAUUUGAAUUGUGGCAAUUAAUCAGUUGUUAGUGAUGAUAAAGUUUUACAUCUUUUAUUGUAUUUGAUCUAUCUAUAAUUUCUUGUUAUUCACUUAUUACAAACUAUGUUAGUAUCCUUUUAUUUUUAUGACAUACUGUAUGUAUAUGAAUGCUGAAUUGUGUAAUAAGGAUAGAAAUUGUCAAUCAACUUUUCUUUUUCUUUAGUUUAUGUUUGACAGAAUUGAUUGCAUUAUUAUUACUAUUAUUGUUAUGAGUUAAAGGAUCUAUGAUUUCAGCUUGAAAAUAAUAUGUUUAUAGGCAGUAAUUAAUAGAUUGAAAUGAUUUCUCUCUUUUGUUUCGUUAUGUCAUUCCAUUAAUUGAUCAGUGUGCUUUGUUUCCUUUUUUUUUGUAAAAUAGUUUCUAUUGUUUUUCGUUUACUAAAAUAUGAAUAAACAAAAGUAUCACACUUG